GUUCACACCCUGGACCUCUUUUUGCGAUAAGCGUAUGAAUCCACAGACCAGUGUAUCAAUAGCCAGUGGCGCAUGCGGGCGUCAGAAUCUCCCACGAGGGGCCUCGCGCAUGGCCGAGACAAAUUCCGAAGUGGCCACGCACUUGCGUUGAUACUCAUUCAUUUGUUUGAUAACGUUCAAAAGUUGCAUCAAACUCGAGCCACGGACCCUGGUUCUGCCACGCAUCAAACCCACUAGCACGCUCGGUGGACAGAAGCUUCCGCAGCUGAACUUGAUGCUCUUUCUUCACUCACAAGCAGCAAAGAUUCACUUUGGCUUGGCUUCAUACAUUCCGUGGAGUUGACCGCACGCGGCAUCUAUGGCUGCACCAAACGAAUUCCUGAGGAGACCACACGCAUUUAGCUUUCUCAUACACAUUAAUUGAGUCCUGGGACAGUCCUAUACCUGUAAGACCAGGAUAUCCCUUUCUGGCUCAAGGUCCGCUGCAGCAAUCAAGCACAGCCAGAGCCAUCCUUGGUUUGCCUGGUUGCUCGGCAAUCGUCGUCUCUUACAGCAAAUUUCUCUACGGCAUUCUCCUCGAGCCGCUCAAAACCACCAUCGACACCGCGAGCUGACCAAACGCACAUAUGCGACAACGUGUGGCGUUGCAUGAGCAGCUGCCUUUGAGCCCUCCCUUAUCCACCUGUGUUGUAGGGAAGGAGGUUGACAUGAUACAAAUGCUGUACAUUAAAGGGCCGUUCCUUGAUCAGUUGAACAAGGGAGUCGGCAUGCUCGUGUGUAUCCGUUCUGCCUGCACCCGGAGAGCAAGGGGCUGGAUGUGUACCACUCUGUUGUUCUCUACCUACCCUUGAGCAUCAGGUAAGCAAUCCAUAUUCGGCGUCCCGUUUUCUCAAUCCUGCAGUGGUGAAGGCCACAGAGAUCCAGGUGGGUUUCUCCCACGAAGCAGCUGUCUGACAGCCACAGCCGACCUCCGAUCGAGCAGCGCAAAAGAAUCCUGGAAGGGGUAUAUGCGAUUCGUCGGGACCUGACAACAUAUAAACGGGACAAGCAACAGUUGCGAAAGGCUGGCAGUGAACCACUUCCUUCGCACCAGAACGUUCCUUUCUUCUGGAAAGGGUGAGUGGAGAGAAAACACCAAGUUGACCUGCGAGAUGCAAAACCAACAUGUACGCACUCUCUUGCAUGGGCAGCGGGUGUCCGGCGGAGCUGUCAUGAUGCGUGCCUGUGGAUGUUCGCGUGUGAGCUUUUCGAUGCCCGGCAGGAUUCCAAUCGUCGAGACGUUCAACCUACCAGCAAGCAAAGGGCUCGUAUGGCAGAGAGGAGCUAUCUCUCGUCGCUCACGUGCGGACCUUCUGGAGGAGAAGUUGAAUACAUCUGGAUCUGAACGAACAGACACCCUCAGACGCGCGCCAACAGAAGGAUGUGAGCUACCUGUAUCUCUCAGCUUGUCAGGUAGCUGACCUGUGAGCAGCUUGAGCGCGUCGAAGACCUUGGGGUUGGCCAGAGGCUCGCCCAUACCCAUGAACGACACUGUGUCAACCUUCUGUCCCAAAUGCAUGAAGUACAGAACCUGAAACAUCAAGUGCGCCAUCAGUAGAUGGCACAUAUUCUGACGGUGUCUUUCCUCUUUUUUUUUGGCCUGACCCUUGACCUGGUCAGUAAUCUCAUCGGCUGUCAGCUGCCUUUUCAGACCAAUUUUGCCUGAGGAGUCCACAAGAUUUCAUGGAGGACAAGUCGUUAUGACUGACAGUCUACCCACCUGUAGCACAGAAGCUGCAACUAAAUGCACAGCCAGCCUGCGAGGAAACAAACGUGAGUGGGACAGCAUCGGGUUGCGUAUCCCUGCCUGCCUAUCGCCAGCCGUGGAUCACCUACCUGACUCGAUAUGCAGAGAGACCGAUGGGAGUGGAAGUCGAGAGAUACCGCUUCGAUCCGGACCCCGUCACGACACUCAAACAGCACCUUGUGAGCAAAAUCACCCUUCACCUCCUUGACAGGCUUGAGUGAAAGAAAUGGCCCGCUGAAGUGGCUUGUGAGGGCAUAUCGCAGCUUCCGAGGCAGCACCUUCAUGUGCAUGAAGUCGCUGUAGUGGCUCUUGUAGGCCAGCUCCAAGAUCUGCCGGGUGCGGUAGGCCUCGAACCCCAGCUGAUCCACAACCUCUGCCACCUGCCUCAGACGCGGGCUGCACUGCAACGCCAUCGCUGGAGCCUCGGUGAUGCUGAACAGACAGACACAGACAGACAGACAGGCACCCAUCCAUCCAUCACGAGUGUGCAGUGCUGUCUGUUCAGUGUGAGGAGUGAGUGUGUCAGAUCUACAGUGAAUGGUGCUUCUGUGUUGGAGAGAGACCGAGGAGGUGGAAUGUCAGCGUGAAACCCAUCUCUUUUGAGGGCCCGACUCGAACCCCUAGCUGUCCGAAUCCCAUCCGUUCCCUCGCAGGCUGGCUGCACUUUCGAGUUGUGUUUAACGAGCCUCGUGGCUGUAACCUCCGAGUCUUUUUGCGAGUCCGAUUCAUG